GGCCGAGCCUGACCAGGCUUUUUUUUUUGUUUCUUGAGGCCUGGAACCGGCCCGGGUAGCUACCAGGUCCGGAUCGGGCCGGGCUACUCGGCUGAGUAGCGGGUCGGGUUUGGGCCGGGCCAGGUAAGGGUUAUUUUUUUGUUUACAAAUUAAUUCAAGAUUUGUUGGAUAUAAAAAGUUAAAGUAUAUUUAUUUUAGGAAACAUUGACAAGAAUAAUCCCACCUUUCACUCAUCCUCUCAUAAUAAUUCUACCUUUACAUAAUCCCAAAAUAAUCCCACCUUUGCAUCCUAUCUUCUUUCAUUGGACCCUGACCAAGUUUUUUACCUUUCUUUGAAAAUCUUAUAUAAAUAAUCUCACAUUUAUAAAGAUAUAAUAGAAAAAUGAAAGGUAAGAUUAUUUAUAUGAUUUUCAAAAAAAGAAUAAAAAACAUGGUCAGGGUCCAAUGAAAGAAGAUGAGGUGCAAAGGUGGGAUUAUUCUGGAAUUACCUGAAGGUGGGAUUAUUAUGAGAAGACCAGCGAAAGGUGGGAUUAUUGUCAAUUUUUCCUUUAUUUUAAAUAUGUAGUACAAUUGAGAAUUGCGAAAAUAUUUAAAACAUGAAAUAUAUUUUCUAAUAAAUAAUAAUCAAUCGGAAUCUCCGCCAUCUUCGGUUGUUUCUUCCAUAAAGUGGCGGCUGGGGGCGAUACACACUUUUUGAAUUCUACAUUGGGCCUUCAACCAAUCGUGGAAGCAAACAAGCGUCUCAAGAGAGUUUGCUCUCAAUCUCGUUCUAUAAUCCAUUAGCAUGUUGCCGGCUGCACUAAGUUCUUGUUCCACGACAACUGUUGAUACUGACAUUGCUAGCACUUGCUUAGUCAUCUUGAUAAAAUCGGGAACGUUCUUUCUUUUUCCUUCCACCACUUUAGAACGUCAAAGUCACCCCUUCUUCAUAAUCAACAGGAAAUGUUAGAUACAUAGAAAGCUCGUUAGUCGAACUUUGUUCAUUAACGAGAGUUGAUUUAAUUUUUCAUAAGAUUGCCAAAUGGAGAUUAAAAAAAUGAUUUUCCUUUAGAUGAACAUGUUCAUUGAUAGCCGUUAUAUUUACUUGCGUUUAACAUAAGUAUUUAUAAGUAUUUGUUGAAGAAAAGAAGAGAAAUUGGGAAAAUAUCUUGAGAAUGAGAGUUAGAGCAUAAAACAUUGUGAUGAACGGCUUUUGGGACCAAAAGGAUGACGUUUUUCCCAUCAUUUGAGUAUAACAUAUUGUAGAGAACUCGAAAUCACUCCAUUCGAAUUUCAUGUGAAUGGUAACUCAAUAAGGUACAAAUGUUAUGAAGACAUCAUGGCCAGAAUAGGAAAGGAACAAUACUCAAUCAACCGAUAAAGUCAGAUGUUGCUGGUGGGAUUUCAGGGUGCAUACCUCUCAGUGUUUUAUCCAUAUCUGUUGAUUGGAUGAAUACAAUCACGUCAUUCAAGUUUUGUUGGAUAGAAGACUUAAUUAUCUACAACUUUGAUGAAGGAAUCAUGUCCAAAUUCGUAGCGGAACAUCUCCAAAAUCCCGGUACAAAAACCGACACUUUUUGAUCCAUUUCGGAGAAAGAGAAAUGAAGUACAUUUUUGGGUGCAGCAACCGGCGCCGGUCGGUCUUGAACCGGAGUCGGUCGGAACGUUUUUUCUCGCACAAAUGAGCCUGUUUUCAAUCGGGGCCGGUCAUCUGACCAACCGGCGCCGGUUAGGUCGAUUUUCUGCUAAAAAACAGCAUCGUACAAGCUGAUUCUUGAUGGGAAAACCCCAUCUUCCUCAAUGCUAAUCAAAUAUUGCUUUCAUACCUCAUUGUUGGGUUCGAAUAGACUAAAAGAUGUCAUUCUUUAGCCUAUAUAAAGCCCUCAAUUCAUCAUACAAACACAUUCCAUUCCAUAGAUUAAAUCUUAGCUUUUAUAUUUUUGUUCUUGGUAUUUUCUUCAAGUUCUUGAGGAGGGAAGUUCAUCCUCCGAAAUCAUCGGUGUUUAGGUAUUAUUUCCUUUGUAAUUUCAUGUUCCAUUACAUUUAUUAUUGUAUUGUGAUUAAUAUGAGCAUUAGAGGCUAAUUUCUUAGCUAAGGCUAGGGAUGAACUUCUAUGCCCACUAGGUGUUUGAUAAAAGUUCUAAACCAAUAAAUUGUGAUUUAUCCUUUAUAUAUUGAUUGUUUAUAACUAUGGUGUACAACAUAGAAGUAUGUUAAAUUUAGUUUAUACUUGCAAUUAACGUUGAAGUCUAAACUAUGAACACUAAAGGAUAAACAUAUAUAGUACCGAGAAUAGAAAUAUAUCCGGUCUUAUAUGAUACGGGUGUGAUGUCUUGAUAUUCAACGGGGUUUUCGGUAGAUGAAUGUAAGCCGUAACGGGACUUACACGUAACGAAAACCACGCUCUCGCUGCCUUAACCGGAGUUGAGAAUAUAUUAGCGACAUCGUACUCAUAAUUAUUGGCAAAGAACUAAUAUUCAACCCUAUUUAAGCAUUUAAGUGAUUCCCGAAGCCUUAGUUUUUGUUAUCAUUUAUCUUGAACUCAAAGUUAGUUAACCAUUAUCUUGUUGAACAAAAAGUGAAAAAACCAAAAAUAUAAAACACAAAUCAAAAUCCCUGCACUCUAUUCAAUUCUUCAUUUAAAGUUAUCUACUCUCGGACUUGAAUUAAACAAUGUUUCCUUGUGGAUUCGACCCGGUAUUUUACCGGAAUUUAUUACUAUAUCGGUACUUGUACACUUGCAAGUUUAGCCCGAUCAAGUUUUUGGCGCCGUUGCCGGGGAAACGGUCUUGUUUAAUAAUGUCCAAAACAAUAAAAAAAAAAUCAAUCAAAAAUCCUGAAUUUUUCAUUUCCCAUUGCUUUUCACUUGUUCUUGUGGUAUUUUUCAUUUCAUGUGUGUAGCCUAUGCUUUGUGUUUGAAUGCAUUUGAGAAGUCAAGGUUCUACACAUCUUGAACCUAUUGAUCAUGAAAUAAAAAGAACUUUCAAACACAACCAGAGGGAAAGAAAAGAAGCAAAAAUGAUGUCAACACUCAAUGAAAGGAAGAGGCUCGUGGUUGCCGCCACUCCCUCAUGUAUUGUCCUAAGUGAGGCGGCAAGGGACUAUGAAAUGAAGAAUAACUACUUCAAUGCUAUGCCUCAAUUUCAUGGUCAUCCGGGGGAGAAUCCACUUAACUUCAUCACCGAGUUCUAUGGAUUCAUCAGAAAAUUCACAAAAAGCGCCGACAAGAUUAACAGUUUCAACAAAAAAUUGGAUUGCAGUAGGUGUAUAAACAUGACUAAAAGUUUGUGUUGCAUUAUUAAAAUAUACAAAAAACAUUCACAUUUUUUCCAUAGUGUCGAUGUCAGCCGGGUUUAUAAUAUAGUUAACAUAUUCUUUCAAAACAACAGAAAAUGGUCUUUAAAUCCAAUAAGUACAACAAUUAAGUUAUAAGUAUUAUUCCAACGAAUAGACAAUUUUUUAGGAAAAACACAAUAUUUGACACGUCUUUUCUCAAAUGUUUACGCCAUUGCUCCUUAACUUGACUACUAGCCCAAAUAAGUAUAAUCCCCCCUUCACUAACUCCACAGUCUCUCCCAACACAAUUAGCUAGGGUUGGAUUUGGUUCGGGCCACCCGGCCUGUGACCCGGCCCGGCCCAGUACUGUGCGGGCCCGGGACCGGCCCAGGCGGGUGGUCCGGGACCGGGUGUGGACCCAAACCGGUGGGAAUGCGCGGAGCGGGCACGGUUCCGGAUAAAUGUGACCCGGCCCGGCCGGGUCGGGCCCGGGCCAACGGUCGAUUUUUAAUUUUUUUUUUAAAUUGGUACUAGGCUACUAGCCGUUGGGGGUGGGCUGGGGACAACCCAAACGGCUAUAUAGCCGUUGGGUGGGGUGCAGGGGGGGUCUAAGGGGUUGGGUGGGGGGGUGUGUGGGGUAAAAAACCUAUAAAUACUCCUAAUCUUAAACAUUUUUUCAUAUCUCUUCUCCAAUUCUUCCUAAAUCAUAUUCUUAACUCUCUACUCUCUAAUUCUCUUAUUCUCCGAUAUAUUAUAUUUAUUAUUUAUAUAUCUACUUUAUAGUUUAUACUUAAGAAGUUAAGAUGGAAAAUCAAGAUGUCAUUAUACGGUAUAAUUUUGAUAAGCAGAAGCACCCGAA